GUGUGUUUGUGUGCAGGUACGACCCGUGACGACGAGGUGGACGGCAGGAAGGUGAUUGGUCUGGAGUACGAGGCGUACGAGCUCAUGGCCCAAUCAGAGUUCACCAAGCUGUGUGCUGACAUCAGACAGCGCUGGCCAACCGUGACGCACAUCUGUGUCCACCACCGGCUGGGGUGGGUGGAGGUGGGCCAGGCCAGCGUUGCCAUGGCGAUCUCGUCUCCUCAUCGCCAUGACGGCCAGCAGGCGAUUCAGCACUGCAUCCACCAGCUGAAGGCCAACAUCCCCAUCUGGAAGAAGGAAGUUUACGACACGCAGGACUCGAGCUGGAAGGAGAAUGCUGAGUGUUCGUGGGCGCUCGCAACAAACUUCAUGGCGCCACGUCGUCCACAGAGAACGCCUGAACGUGUUCGCCGUAAACUGCAGAUUAUUAAUAAAACACUGGCUUUAUUCCGCCUGACGCGUCUGUUGUGA